AUCUGGGCAGAGGUGUGCGGAGGGCGGGCGAGCGGCGCCAGGACCGCUGCGGGUCCGGCCGGGAGGGAUGCGUGGGGGAGCGGAGCGGUGAAGCCGGGCAGGUGAAGCACGGAUGUGAGCCGUGGCCGUGCUGGGGGGCUGUGGCUGGGUGCCAUGAGGCUGACGUGUUCUUGUUUUGUUUUCUUUUUUUUUUUUUGUGCUGCUUUCCCCUUGCCCUGCUCCCCUCCAGAGCACCUGGAGACCGUCCCGGGCCCCAGCGAGGCGCCCCGGAUCCGUUUCGUCUUCAACCUCAGCAGCGUGCCGGAAAACGAGGUGAUCUCCUCGGCGGAGCUGCGGCUGUACCGGGAGCAGGUGGAGGAGCCGAGCGCGGCGUGGGAGAGGGGCUUCCACCGGAUAAACAUUUACGAAGUGAUGAAGCCGCUGUCGGAGCGCGCUCAGGCCAUUACGCGCCUGUUGGACACGCGUCUGGUGCACCACAACGUGACGCGCUGGGAGACCUUUGAUGUGAGCCCGGCCGUGAUCCGGUGGACCAAGGACAAGCAGCCGAACCACGGGCUGGUGAUCGAGGUGACCCACCUCCACCACGCACAGACUCAUCAGGGCAAACACGUCAGGAUUAGCCGAUCUUUACCUCAAGGGCGCGGGGACUGGGCUCAGCUCAGGCCGCUCCUGGUCACUUUUGGGCACGACGGGCGAGGCCACGCGCUGACCCGCCGAGCCCGCCGGAGCCCCAAGCACCAGCGUUCCCGCAAGAACAAAAAAAACUGCCGCCGCCAUGCCCUCUAUGUGGAUUUCAGCGACGUGGGCUGGAACGACUGGAUCGUGGCGCCCCCGGGGUACCAGGCGUUUUACUGCCACGGGGACUGCCCCUUCCCUCUGGCCGACCACCUCAACUCCACGAACCACGCCAUCGUGCAGACGCUGGUCAACUCCGUCAACUCCAGCAUCCCCAAGGCCUGCUGCGUGCCCACGGAGCUGAGCGCCAUCUCCAUGCUCUACCUGGAUGAGUAUGACAAGGUGGUCCUGAAAAACUACCAGGAGAUGGUGGUGGAGGGGUGCGGGUGCCGCUGACCCCCCCCCCUUUCCCCGCCGCCCUCUCCUCCCCUUCUCUCUCCCUCCCGUCCCACCCCAGAACUGCUUGCUAUAGCUGGACUCUUCUCUAAACUAAACGUUCACCUUGACCUUAUUUAUGACUUUAUGUGCAAAUGUUUUUUUUUUUUUUUGACAAUAAUGAUCAUAUAUUUUGACAAAAUAUAUUUAUAACUACAUAUUAAAAGAAAAAAAUAAAAUGAGUCAUUAUUUUAAAGGUAAACGCAUCUCGUGUCUCACCUCUCAGGGUGCUGCUGAGGCUGUGCUGCCCAGGAGUGCGGCAGGGGAUGUAUCUCCUCUUUUCCUUUCCCCCCCCCCCCCCCCCUUGUCCCUGCUUCCCCUCACCCCUUCCCUUUUCCCCUUAAAAAAGGCUCUGCAAAUUUCAGUCUUUCUAUUUCUCGCCGAGGUACCGUGGAUCCCCCUGUGCUGGGGCUGCGCCACGUGGGAGAUGAGGGUCCCUGGAGAUUAAGAGCUGCUUCUCCCCGGCCGCUGGGAAUAGAGCCGACCUUGCUAACCUGGCCCAAGCGUUUGCAAAGCAACCCACCAAAAAUGCAUUUGAAAAGAAGGUGAAGAUUUACCUGAGGGCUUUAUGCUAAACCCACUGGGUUUUAUACCCUUCGUCCAUCGGCAGGAUUCCCCAGGUUUUAAAACUAUUAACAUUUCCCCACCACCACCCUCCUCCCCUCCCCACUGGAGACUGGCUUCUUUGGGAAGCUUCAAAGGUUUGCACGGGUCCUUUGAAGAUCAAAUCGCCCCAUUACAAUGCCAAAA